UCUACGGCCUGGGUUCUGGUCCAGGAUGAUGUCUGUUGAUGUCCGUCCAGAUAAGCCACUUGCAGCUUCUUUCUUGGAAUCUGAAAGUGACUGCUCGUCACGAUAACCCGUUCAUUAAAUAAUCCAGGACGGUCUGACUGGGAUGGGCAACAUGCAGGGAGAUUUGAUGGAUUUGGUCGAGCGUGAGAGAGUGACUGGGCGAGUCCCCAAGGAGUUCUCCUCUGGGUGAACAAGGUUAUCUAUCUCUUCCAUCCUCCAUUGAGAAAUCAACAAGAAAUUUAAUAGCCUCGCCUGCUCAUAGAGAUGUUUUCCAAGCCAUCUGACAAUCACCGCCCCUCCUCCAGUACACCCUGGUUGGUAAUUGCCCUGUUCAUAAGUCUGACCUUAUUCCUCACCCAAUUCCUACCCAACAUCUCAUCGACCGGCUCAGCCUUUCGGUACACUUUUGCGGGUUGGCCAAGGCCGCAUCAAUCGGUGUUCAACCAACUCUCGAGAGGUAGCAGCAGGAAUGGCGAGAAUGGACUGCUGACAACGGCAGCCAUCGACCUUCAAGCUGGCUUGCCGACCUUCAGCUCGAUCAGAGUUGUCUCACUCAAGUCUAGGACCGACAGACGGACUCACAUGCAAACCUUGACAUCAUUCCUGAGACUCGAGAACCUCCACUUUACUGACGCCGUCCUUUACACCGAUCCACGCGUCUUGGAAAUCGUCCAGCGGGUGGGCAAUAAUACUAAGGCUGAUAAGAAGAUCGCCGAGGUUGGUCAUGUGGCUUGUCGGAUGUCUCAUCGAUUGGCCAUCGAGGCUGCCGAUGCAGACGACGACCAAAUCACACUAAUCCUGGAAGACGAUGUAGAUAUGGAGGCCGCCUUCAAGUACCUCGCCGGCACUGUCCUCAGGGACGCUCCCAAGGACUGGGAUAUCAUCUUUUUUGGACAUACCGACUUCAGCGACGAAGCGCGACACGGACGCGACACUUCGACGAGCAAUUUCUACAUCUACAAGUCUAUUGAACCACAAGGAGGACAUGGAUAUGCCUUAUCGAAGAAAGGGCGCAAGUUAAUCCUAGAUCUAUUAGACAACAAGCGACCGGAAGUGUAUGAGACUGAUGAAGGCCAACCAAUCGAUGAGAUCUUCAUGUAUCUAGCUCGACUCCAUCGGGCCCAGCUCUACUCAAUCAUCCCUGACAUGAUCAUCCAGGUCCCGCUCUUCAAAUCCGAUAUCUUCGGCACCCCCGCUGGCUUCAAGGACGGUAUGCAUAACAAGAAACUCCUCGACUCUAGCUUGGACCGCAUCGCUCUUUCCUCCCCCACCAGUCCUCCAAAUCCUCCUCUCUCUACUCGUUUCGAUCAUACUGCUCGUAGAAUCGCCCGUCGCUCAAUCCCUACCCAGUGACAAAUUUCUCUGUCUCUCUCUUUGUAAUUAUACACAUUUUUUUCCCUGUCAAAUUGCUUUGUUUAUAUGUCCUAUCAAUCCAUCGACAUCACUCACAUCUUAUGCAAAGUUUUCAAGCCUUUUUUUUCUCGCAUCUAACAUACACCUUA